CCCUUUUGUGGAUUUUCAGUGACUCGGCUCGCCGUAGACAGCUAACCUGCAUUGUAGCCAGUCUAGAUAUUUUUCCAAGCUAGCUGCUGCUAGCAGUAGCCUAUGUAGUUACUUAAAAUAGUUGAUUCCUUCUUAUUUUAUAUGAAAAUAAUAGCUGUUACUCAUGAUGUUCUAACUGCAUCUAUUUUUCUGGCAUGAUUGUUUGAGCCUCGCCCUGCAGUGAUACAGCAUUUUUGGAUUACAAUAUACCGUCAAAAUAAGUGGAAGAUGUCAGACAAAAGUGACCUUAAAGCCGAGUUAGAGCGCAAGAAACAGCGCCUGGCCCAGAUCCGUGAGGAGAAGAAACGGAAGGAAGAGGAGAGGAAAAAGAAAGAGUCAGAGAUGCAGCAGAAGACAGAGGCUGUUCCAGAAGAUUCUGACUUGGACCGCAAGCGAAGAGAGACUGAAGCUCUACUACAGAGUAUUGGGAUCUCCCCAGAACCCCCUCUAGUGCAGCCUCUGCAGCUCUUAACAUGGGAUACCUGUUAUUUUCAUUAUUUAGUCCCAACCCCUAUGUCUCCUUCUUCGAAAUCAGUGAGCACGGCCAGCGAAGCCGGCAGCCAGGAAUCAGUGGAUGGAGGGACGGUCGGAAGAUAUAGGACCCUACAGUGGGAUACUGACCCCUCUGUUCUCCAGCUGCAAGCUGACUCUGAGCUCGGCCGCCGGAUGCAUAGACUGGGGGCCUCUAAAAUUACACAGGUGGACUUCCUGCCCAAAGAGGUGGUGUCAUACUCUAAGGAGACUCAGACUCCUCUGGCAGCUCAUCAGUCUGAAGAGGAAGAAGAGGAUGAAGAAAUCACUGAGCCCAAACCUGGGCCAGAGACUGAUCAGCAGGAGGAGGAGGAGAACAGGGAGACCAAAGAAAUCCACCCUAGGGAGCUCACAGAGGAAGAGAAGCAGCAGGUUCUUCACUCUGAGGAAUUCCUCAGCUUCUUCGACCGCACCAUCCGUGUGGUGGAGCGCGCUCUGGCCGAAGAGUCCGAUAUCUUCUUUGACUACAGUGGCCGUGAUCUGGAAGACAAGGAAGGUGAUGUUCAGGCUGGAUCAAAUUUAUCCUUCAACCGCUUGUUCUACGAUGAGCACUGGUCCAAACAUCGAGUUGUCACUUGUUUGGACUGGUCUCCACAGUACCCUGAAUUGAUGGUGGCCUCUUACAACAACAAUGAGGAUGCCCCACAUGAACCGGAUGGGGUUGCGCUUGUGUGGAACAUGAAAUUCAAAAAGACCACGCCAGAGUACAUCUUCCACUGUCAGUCCUCGGUGAUGUCAGUUGGCUUUGCCCGAUUUCACCCCAACCUGGUUGUGGGGGGUACUUACUCUGGACAGAUAGUGCUUUGGGAUAACCGCAGUCACAGAAGAACACCAGUGCAAAGGACACCACUGUCUGCUGCUGCGCACACACACCCUGUUUACUGUGUGAACGUUGUGGGGACUCAGAAUGCCAACAACCUGAUCACUGUGUCCACUGAUGGGAAGAUGUGUUCCUGGAGUCUGGACAUGCUGUCACAGCCCCAGGAGAGCAUGGAGCUGGUGUACAAUAAGUCCAAGCCAGUGGCGGUCACAGGCAUGGCUUUUCCCACUGGAGACGUCAACAAUUAUGUGGUGGGGAGUGAGGAGGGGAUGGUGUACACAGCGUCACGUCACGGCAGUAAGGCCGGCAUUGGGGAGAUGUUUGAGGGCCACCAGGGGCCUGUCACUGGUAUCAGCUGUCACAAUGCUGUUGGCCCGAUUGACUUCUCCCACCUUUUUGUCACCUCAUCCUUUGACUGGACUGUGAAACUGUGGACCACAAAGCACAAUAAGCCACUCUACUCCUUUGAGGACAAUGCUGACUAUGUGUAUGAUGUGAUGUGGUCUCCAGUGCACCCUGCACUAUUUGCUGCUGUUGAUGGAAUGGGACGGUUGGAUCUGUGGAACCUGAACAAUGACACAGAGGUGCCCACUGCAAGUGUGACCAUUGAAGGUGCGUCUGCCCUCAACCGGGUGAGGUGGGCCUCAGGAGGCAAGGAGGUGGCAGUGGGCGACUCUGAGGGACGUGUCUGGAUCUAUGACGUAGGAGAGCUGGCUGUGUCCCAUACUGAGGACUGGACUCGCUUUGCUCGCACGCUGGUGGAGAUCCGUGCCAACCGGGGCGAUGGCGAGGAGGAGGGCGCCAUGGAGCUGGCAGCGUGAAAUGGUGGCACUGGUCCGACAACAUGGCCGCCCUACUUUCACUACUGCGCUACAAAAGGGAGCACAUGGACGGUGCACACAAACACACACGCGCGCGCACACUUAAGUCCCAGUCUUAACCUGUACUGUAAUCCAAGCAUGCAUGAAAACGUUUUGUUGCGUUUGUUUCACAAACAAAUACAGCGGCCACAUGUUUCUGUUACUGUUCCAUAAAUUAGCUCUAAAAUGGCAGUUUAUUCUGUUGUCUGAGCUUGUAUUGUACAGUAGAAUAUAGCUUUAUUUAAUGCCUGGAAAUCUAUGGUGAUAAAUUAACAGGUUGUGUAGCUGCUAGUAAAAUCAUGUCAGGCUUUCAAUGACAAUGUGCAAAUGGGUUGCUCGCCCAGUGUAGGAGAGAGAGCCACAAGUGAUGAACACUAGUAUCUCACUCACAGCAUGCUUGUAAAGUGUAUCUCUCUACUAAUGUCCUGUAGCUUGCUGCAUGAAAAGCAGUCAAAUUAUUGAAAAUGUUGUGUGGAAUAGGUGCCUGAAUCUUUGCUGUCAUGUGAAUGUUAAGGUGCUGAAAAUUAAAUUGAGAUUAACUGGUUACAUAUCGUAAUGUCUCAACUGCCACUUUGUUUUGGUCACUAGAUAAUAUGCAGCUAAUGCUUACGUUUGAAAUGAAGCGUCAGUGUAUAAUAUUUAAAGUUUGAGAAGUGGUCAAAAUAAUAUGCCUAUUAAACUCUUAAACAUA